GCUGCCUGGAUCAGGUAUAAAUGCAGGAGAGGCUUAACCUAAAUCAGUUGAAUUGAGAAUUACAAGAACACAACACUUAUUAAUGGAGAAACUUGGAGGCAGGGUCAGAAGAGUUACUCUAACAGAGAUAGAGGAAGGAAAAGAAUGGAACUGGCCAAAUCCAGAAAAUAUUGAUGAACAGAUUGCAAAUGAAGAGCAAAACACGGAUGAAAUCUUUGCUCAGUUUGAAGAUUUAGUUCAGGACUGGAAGCUGAAGCUUGAGUUGAUUGUAGCGGAUGGGUUGAGGAAAAUGAAGAAGAAUUGUCGGGAGAAGAAAACUCAGAUGAAGUUUCUACCCGGAGACAGAACUAAUGAACGGGCAGAUUUAAUUGCAGGAGCUAGAGCUUGUAUCCUGGAGGAGUGGAAGAGAGAGAUGAACCGAACUCUGGGUGCUACUCAACACAGGCUGAGUAAACUAAACCAGGAGAAGAUCCAGGAAACUAGCCAGCUUGUAUCUAAGAACUCCAGACCUCACCAAAUCAUUGCUGCUGGAUACAACCUGGAGGACAAGAAGGAAAUAUCUACCCUUGUUGAUCUGAAGGCUUUGAUGCGAGACCUGGACGGAUUGUUCAAUAUGUACUCUAUCAAGAAGGGAAACAGGAGCAAGGUACCUGUGUAUAAUAAUCUAGUUGGAUUAAGUAAAAAGAUGUGUCAGACAUCUCAUUUUGAUUUGUGGAAACCAAUCUGUUCUCUGCUCAGUAUGAUCGAUUUUCCAGCCAGGAGAGCAAUAACUUAUAAGGAAAAGGAGGAGGAGAUGCUCGACAUCUUGAAGGAUUUUACUGUAGAUCACAGAUCUAGAAAAAGUCUGAUCUCUGAAUGGGAGAAUACUUUUCAAAAGAAGGAAAUGUCGGUAAAAAUAAAAAAGGAAGUAAAAGGACGAAGGGGAAGUAAUUCCACACAACGAAUGCUGGAAAGAAAAGAAAGAAGAAAGUUUGCGCUCAAAGAAUUCGAGUCAAAAGGUAAAAAACAUUUCCUUGUUGUUAGGAAGCAGGUUGAGAAUUUUGAGAUACCAGAGGACAUCUUUUCUGAUUGGAAAGCUAAUCUUGCAAAAACAAAAAUAAAGAAGCAAAGAGCUAAAAAGCAAACUAACCGAGCACUGAGGAAACACUUAAUUAAAUCUUCUAUAUCUAAGGACUUUAGACCUAAAACAUACUCUGAGGCUGUGCAGAAAAACUUGAAAAGAACUGAGCAACCUGCUGCUGAGGAAAUAUUUGAAUAUUUUACUAGAUACCUUGAAGAGCUGAACCUUGUUCUAGAGAACCCAGGAUCUGUAAAAGUUGAAGAUAUGGCGGAUAUCUUCCAUCCUUUCAGGCAUAAUUUUCACGUUCCCGAGGAUAGGUUGGAGGACAUAGAUAUUCUAGUCUCUACUACUUGUAUUCCUUCACUUGAUAUGUUUCAGUGCGGAACUACAACUAUAAAAACUUUUCCAAAAGUAUCCUCUGAGUCACCCAAGAAAACAUCCUCUAAGAAUUCAUCCUUCAUAGCUGCUGAAGCAAAGAGACAGGCAGCCUUUAAGGCAUCUUCUAAAAAAAACCCUAAAACCGGUGUUAAAGUAUUAGCCUCCGGAAAAGCUAAUGUUUCAGGAAAGGAAAACAAAUCAGAAAUCCCAGUUCCACAUCCAGCAGUUAAAAAGAUGGAACUUGAGACGGAUAGGAGUGAGAAUCCUGUAGAAUCAGUAUUAGAGGUCCACAAGGAAUCAAAACCAUUAAAAGAAUUUAAAAAGCAUAAGAUAUCCCAAGGGACAAAACCGAUGGAACAAGGAUAUGAAGUAAUUUUUCAGGACUGGAUAUUCAAUCUCCAAGAACCCCAAAUGAAAACCCUGAGCAAGAAAAUCCCGAAACCCCAGUCUCAACCUGAGAAAUUGCACCUUGACGAUGGAUUCCAAGACUACAAGGAUUCUCUGAGACAAGAUUUUGACAAGAUUGUAAAAAUUAAAGACAAAAAGAGGAGUCAAGCUGAAAGAAGAUCAACAGGACGAAAGAUCAAGUAGCUACGUGAAAAUUAAUUUAUUUUAUUUAUUUUACUCAGAACAUAUUUGAAAAAUAACUUGUAAGAUUUAAAAAUUUUAUAUUACAGUUAUC